CGAUGAGCAGUCUGCAGGACCAAAUAGCUCAGCUCGCGAGCUACGACGCAGAUAAGAUAAAUAAGCCGUCAAAAAGAGAUUCUUAUCUCUUCCAGCCAGAUCAAGCUGCAGAUCUCGACGUUGGUGAUGUACAUCUCCUCGCCAUUGGAGGAUUUGACCAGUUGAAAGAGCUCGAUAAGUCUUUUGAAGAUUUCGAUACACCUCUCUUUGGAGAACCAACAAAGGAUCUCGAUAGAACAUCGCUCAAUCAAUCAGAAGUUGAUCAUCUGAAUACAACUCUCAAUAGAUUCCUAGUAAAACUUAGCCCGCACUUGCCUACUAGAGCAGCUGCCAAGGUUUUAGAAUGGUUGAUUAGAAAAUUUAGAGUACACGAGUUUAAUAUAGACGCAACAUUAAUUGCAUUCCUUCCUUAUCAUGAUUCAAGCAGCUUCGCAAAGAUUUUGCAGCUCCUCAAGAUCCCAGCUGCAGCAAACAACAACAAGUAUUCGUUCUUGCUCCCAGUCAAGAAGUCACAGCAAUCACUCCAGAGAACCAUCCUUAUUAGAGCAAUUAGAUCCGAUUUAGAAGUACUCAAGCUUGUUUGCCAGUCUUUACCAUCCGCACUCGAGGUUGUCUCAACUCAUAGACCAUUGUCUUCUUUCUGGACAGUCACUUUGUUAGAGUACAUCCAACAAUCGAGACAAAUUGCAGAUGGUGAAUUGACAACCCUUUAUUCCUCUAUUAGGGCCACUCUUCGUAACAAAACGAGCAAGGAUGCACAAUACGCUGCAAGGAUGGUCUUCGUUGUUUUAGCACAGAAGAUGGCUCUUGGAGAUAAGCUUCUCGCGUCACUCAUGGUUGCCAUGCUCAAGACCGUUGACGAUGGUAAGACUACUGACAGCGAAGCUGAUCAAGUUUUGCUCACCGUCUUUGCAAUCAUCGACGCCCAAGGUGUUCAAGUUGCACAAGAAGACUACGCAAAACGCAUUUUGUCAAUCUCUGAUCUCGGUAAUCGUCUUUUAGGCUACCUUGAUAACUACAGCGUCGACAAAGGCAUAGCAAGUCUCAUCCCAGCAUUCAUGGUUAAGGCUAAAGACAACGAAUCUGCUAGAUCCACACUCACUACUCUUUUGGAAUCACCAAAAUUGUCCAAGAUUGUGGGUCAAGCGAUCUGUGAUGCACUUGUCCAUCAUGCAGCUUCAGAAGAGUACAGCUCAUUGAUCAGUCUUGCUUACCAAAGAUGGGGAGAGACUUUCGACAAUUCCAUCCAAAAGUAUCAAAUUUCUCUUAAUGAUAAUCAACGCAAGGAAUUGUUUGCUGCACUUACAUCUGCUAACUCAGGUGGUAUGCAUGCGACAGUAAACACUGGUGAUAACGCUACAACACUAUUCUUGUCAACAAAUGCAGCAGAUAACACAACCCGUGCAUUGGCCGUAUCACACCUCCUUGAUCAAAUCAAAUCCAAGCAGAUUGAUGAUAUGAAGUUUGUUCAAGACACCUUGGUUGCUAGACUUAUGGAUGAUGUCCCAAGUAUCGUUUUGAGUGUCUACUCACAUCCUUCUAUUGUACUUGAUAAUGUUCCUGCUGAAACAAUCUUGGAGACGAUUGAUCAAUCACUCAAAAGUCAGUAUGUACAAACGGAUGUUAUACUAGCACAUGUGGGAUUCCUCGCCAAACAUUUUGCCCGUCGUCACAAAGACACGUCAAUUCUUCCUGUCAUUUGGAAGCAUCUUUUGGUUACCUCGAAGAACCUUCCAAUUAGCGAGAAGGUAUGGCGUCUCAUUAAGGAGUCAAACAUUAAGGAGGGUGCCCUCAAGGGAACUGCGGACGCUGUCGUUAAAAGACUUGAUGAGAAGGAUCACAAGAAUGUCAAUCACGUCAUUGCUCAAUCAUUAUCUAAAAACUUGUUAAAGGAUCAUGACAUCCUCGUUGACUUUAUAAGCAAGGGUCAAGCUCACAACACUCGUGCACUUGGUUUGUUAGUUGCAUCACACGUUCUUCAACAAGUCUCUCGCGAGUCUAAACUCAAAUUAGCAGCUAAGAUUCUUGACAACGCAACUAUUGCUACACUUGAGAACCCAUUAGUUAAUGAUACUCCUGUUAUCACCUCCGAGAAUGUUUCUUCGAUGUUAUUCAAGAAACCAAACUCAGACACCACGGAGCACUUCGUUGUAGCUUUGGCAGUAUCUACUGGUAUUGCGGAUAUCGCUUUACCAGAGAUAUCAUGGCUCAGUAGAUCAUCAAGAGAUGCAAACAAAGCUGAAACUGAAUUUAGCUAUGCUGUGUACAAACUUGGUAAUGCACCAUAUGUAUUGACAAACUUGGCAACUAUCUUACUCAGAUCAUUAUUUGUUGCUUUGAGAGAGACAACUCUUAGUUUCCUCGCUUCAAUAUACACCAACAGGCAAUACAGUGACCAUAUCAGAAAUGCGGCUAUCAAACACACUGACGCCUUUUUGAAGGUCUCCGCAACGGCUGAAGCAAAAGUUGAUUUCCAAACUAUUCUUCCAUCAGUUUUGAUUGCACUUCAAGAUCCAAUCAAGGAUGUACGUCUUGGAGCCAUCCACUGUUUAAGAACGCUGUCAAAAUCCAAUUGUACAACUGGCGAAAUCUACGCUUUCGAUAAGAUCUACGGUUCUAACUCUAAGCAUAUCCAAUACCUUGGUUCAGAUGAGGUGCAGGAAUACUGCAAGAGUAUCUACGAUGAGAAUGACAGUUUCGUUACUGAUGAGACAUACCUGAAGACUUUCCAUUCAUCCCUACUUGGUAAGAACAAGAGUGAAAAGAAGAUCUCAAAGAAACUUAAAGUUAGUGUCAUAUGCUAUCUCUUUUCACAUGUAGUUGGAUGGCAAGAUAUCGACGCAAGAUGUGUGUUAUUAGAUUCACUUGUGGAUAUUUGGGAUUCAAACAGAUUGGUCACCUUGAUGCCACUCAUUAAGUCACUUCUACAAGCCAAAGAAAAUGAUACUGAAUUGGUCCUUUUGAAUUCAUCAAAUGACGUAUCCAAAGAGAAGGUUAUCGAUGCUGUCUUCUCUUCAUUCAGUAAGAGCGCAGCAAAGAGCUUGCUGAACGAAAACGUAGAACUUUAUGGCUUGUUCAGAAACUCACUUCGUAAGAUUGAGUACUCUACGUAUGUUUUGAGACGUCUCCAAGACGGUGUCUUUGCUGCACUCGGCGACACAAUCAAACUCGAAGUAUCAAAGGAUUUGAUGGAUAUCGUCGAAGGAUCUGAUAUACGUCUUGCGCAAAGAACAAGUGACUCUCUUAAGCGUAUUGCAUUGGAUGAGGUUACCUACACUUCCCUCCUUCAAUCCACUAGAGCAGAGUUUGGAAAUGGCGCCGAAGAAGUUGAACCACCAACAUCCAAGCGCAUUCGUACAGAAAAGACAUCUAAUGAAACCUCACAUACUGGUCUCCUUGCUCGCUUAACCAGCAUCUUCGAUUGGGUCGGUUCCUUAUCAGCUGAAGACUCACCAGAGCCUUCUGUACAAGCUUUAGUUACUACUUUCGAAACACUUGCUCAAGUUACAGAGAUCCACGCAACCGUUGCUGGUUCAAACGACAGCAGUGAAGUCGAUUAUGUUGAACAAAUGUGCUUGAGUCAAUUGAAAGAAUGGAGUGAAUCUAUUGAGGAUUGGACCAACCUUGCACAGGCUAUCCGCAUUGACACUGUUGUUAAUGUCAUCAGAGUUUCGAAGAACCCACAAACAUUCCAACAAGCAUUGUUACUCAUUUCUGCUCUUGCCAAAUUGGCACCAGAUAAUGUGCUUCAUAAUGUCAUGCCAAUCUUUACUUUCAUGGGUGCUAAUAUCCUUCAACGUGAUGAUAGCUUCUCCUUUAACGUCGUUCAAAAGACAAUUGAAGGUGUCGUACCAGUCGUAGUAAAUUCACUUAACAGUCAAGCUAAGGAUCAAGAAUCUCUCAUGCAUGCUUCAAAACCAUUCUUGAUGACCUUCACAGAUGCGGCAAACCAUAUACCAAAGCAUAGAAGGUUGGUUCUCUUCAGUUUCUUAGUGGAAGUCCUCGAUCCAAUCAAGUAUUUAUCCACUAUCUUGAUGUUGCUCGUUGAUAAAGUUGCCAACAAAGUUGUUAAAUCAACCAGCGAAAGACAAGCACCAAUUGUCCUCCCAUUGGGUAUUUUAACUGCAUUCGGUCCACAAGAACAGUUGACUUCGCUUGAGAGGAUUCUUACGGAGAUUUCAUCAUUCGAGAAACGCCUCAGUGGUGCUCAAAAUGAAAAGGUCUUCUUGGAUAGAUCAGUUGAUGAUAAGACAAAAGAUAAGGCUACAUUAUGGAAACGUCAGUCACUCGCUUUGUUAUACUUCGUUGAACAGGCUUUCCAAAUUAAUAAAAUCAAGAGUGGUGUCGUAAAGUCAAUUUUGAGCGAUAACGUUAUCGAAAAUAAGUUGGUGUCUAUCAUUAGACAGCUCCUCUUACUCGGUUCUGAUGAGUGUAGCAAUGACGAAAUGAGAAACCUUGCGAAAGGUACACUCAUUAGUGUUCUUAAUGUCAUUCCAGUUGCAUCAUUUACUAGAAUCGUUAAGGAGUUACUCAGUUCAUCCAAUGAGAAUGUCCAACAUGGUGCUCUCCAUGUUCUCAGCAUUCGCUUGAAAGGUGUAAAAGAUUCACACCGCCAACAAGUCUCAGAAGCUGUUGUUUCAGCUGCUCAUCUUGCACUUAACUUGCUCAAGGCUAAGAACGCAAAAUCCGGAGAUAAGGACCUCGCUUUGAGCGCACUUAAGACCAUUGCUGAUACAGCUGUCAACGCUGAGCUCUCUGUCUUGUCGAAAUCUGUGUCAUCAGUUUUAGAAUUCGCCGAAGGUACUCAAAAUCCUGUUUCUGCGUUCUCAUUACUCGAGUCACUUACUCCAAAGUUGCAAACAAGAUUGAUUCCACAUCUUAAGCAGAUCAUCGAGGUUUCUAAGAGAGCUAUCGAAAAUGACCGUAGCGUUGAAGCUGCUCUCAACUGCAUCAGAAGUGUCGUAAACAAUUUGCCUACAUUCGUCGGUGUUUACCUGAAGGAUAUAUUCAAUGUUGUCUUCAACAACAUAGUCAUUGAGAAGCAAGCUGAUGAAAUUCAGACUUUGUUGAAUGCACUUAGCAGACGUGUACCAAGCAAAGACCUCAUUGUUGCUUUGAAGGACGAAUGGGAAAGUGUCCUACAGACCUCUAGCCAGGAUUCUGUUGAGGCGUUCCUUUACCUCUUCAAACGUGGUCUCCACGCAGCUGAUAGAAGCUACAUUAUGGAGAACCACAAAAAGCUUUUCAAAAUGUUCUUGGAAGUAUUUACUGUUAGGACCUACGCGAAUGAGAAGCAGAUGGAUAGCGUUCUUGUUGAGGAUUCCGCCAUAGAGGCCUUCGCUGAGAUUGUCGUUAAGAUUAAUGAAUCUACUUUCAGACCUAUCUUCAAACGUUUCUACGAUUGGGCAGUUGUUGAUCUUUCUGAGGAAGUCAACAAGAAGGAUACUUUCAACGAUCGUCGUAUUACCUUCUAUAGAGUUUUCAACUCACUCCUUGAUAACCUUAAGGCUAUUAUUGCACCAUAUACUGCAAUUUGCUACGACCAUACUCUCGCCCUUUUGAAUGAGUACACAUCAAAGUCAUCAUCAUCAGCAUAUCUAUGGGAAGCUGCCAUCAGCACAAUUGCAAAAUCAGUAAAAAUGGACAGAGGUACAUUCUGGACUGAAGAGCGUAUAGUUAAGGUGUCAGAUAUCCUUGUUGCGCAAAUUAAGGUCCAACCAUCAAUGACUAAAUCUGGUAUACGUAGAGAUGUAACCUCGAAUGCCAUCGUUGAGACUGCAAACUCAUCAAGAACUGAUUCAACAUUGAGAAGAAUCAAUGGUGGCGUCUUACUCAACAUGAGAGACGAUAGUGCAAUUGUCAAGGUCGUCGCACUGGAGAUCACGCAAGAUUUGUGGAGAGCUAUACCAGACAGGAUGAUAGGCUUUAUUGCUGAAACCGUUUCAUCUUUCCUUACUGAAUGUCUCGAAGAUAGUGAUGAAAGGGUCGUCGACAACGCUAAGAAGUUGCUCAAACAAAUCGAAGAAGAGACCGGUGAAUCACUUGAAUCUUAUUUAAUUUAGAUUGUAAAAAGGAAUUAUUAUUUAUUUUAUAUUUUUU